AAUGGUGCAAAUGGUCAUCGUCAGGAAAGUAGUAGAGGUUGUACUAAUAAUUUUAAUGCGAUGAGCUACCAGCACGUGAACGACGAACAAGUAGAAGAAGCACUACAUCAUCAACAUCAGCAAGCACAGCAUCGCCAGCGACAGUUACAGGGAGAAGAAGGAAACCAAAACAAGCUACGAGAAGAUGAAGCCAAUCGACAGCGCGCACAAGAAGACUUCAACGGUUGUGCCAACAUUAAGGCAGCUGCCAAUCAUCCAUCUUCCGAAGCAUCCACUCGGUAGCUUUUUUCAAACGAAAAAAUGCCACUCCUGAUAUAGUGAAAAAUGCUACUCUUGGUACUUCUACUCAGCCUGUCUAUCAGAUUUUCAGCAAAUUUUGAAGGAGAAUAAAGAAAGUAGUAAAACGAGGAUGCUGGAGGUUCCUUAUCCUUGUUCCCAAGAUGGACACUAUAAGGCGACUCUCUAAGUCUAAUACCAGCGGAAAGAAGUGCCCAUUGGCUCUACUUUCACUCUUACACUUUGUGGAGGGGUUGAAGUGGCAUCUUUUCCGUGCUUACCUGUGGUGGAGAUGCGAUGACGAAGAGGCUGCUUUUAUGAUGCCAAGUCUAAGUAGGUCAAUCAUUAUCUUCUAGUGUGGAGGUGGAGGACUAUGCUGUUGCUGAUUGUAGAUGAAGCUCUAAUGUGUGCUUGUUUCAAUCUGCGACAGCAGUAGCCAGUCUGGUGGACCGACAUUUGAAGGCGGAAUAUGCCCUUGAGAUGUUCGGAGAACUGCCCUACAAGCGGAUGCAUCUUUUCAGUCAAGGAUCCAAAUUAUGGUCAGCUUUUUUGUUGAGUCCAUCAUUCUCGGCCACCUUUUUUGUAGGUCACCUUUUCCCUUGUAUUCAUCAUCUCGUGAAAUACAAGGUUGUAAAAGGGGUCAAGAUGAGGGGACCGAGAUGCAUUCUAGCAGCCGCUAACCAAAAGUAGAAAUGGUGGGAGGCAACAAGAAUAUCCUCAUCGACUUCAUGAGCAGAAAGGACAAGGAGGUAAAGGAGGAGAGCACUUCGAUAAUACAACCACAUAUGAAGACUUUUACUACAGGCAGAUGAAAGGAGAAGGAGGGCGUCCAGUCGGGGAAUCAAAUGUAUUUCACCCCGACCACUUCGGCAGACCUUGCCCGUCUUGUUCUGAAGACACGUUGCCUCAGCUAAGACAGGAGACUCAACAGAGGACUCGAGCAGCAGGCCCAGGCGACCAAGCCAAUGAGGAUACAACUAUUGAAGUAGAGGAGGAAGAUUGGCUGUCUGAUAACGAGCAUGAGCGCUUAGCGUGGUGGACCAGUGUCGUAGAACGGUAUCUUUCAGAGCAACCUAUGACGAGUGGCUGCGAUCCGCAUCCGCUCAGUGCUGCGGUAUCUCAAGGAAUCAUAUCGCUUCAAGAGGCGAUCGAGAAUUAUGAAUCGCUUUUAUUUUCAGAUGAAGAUUGAAUUUCAUCUCUACACCUAUAAGUUAAUGAUUAAGGAAAAAGAAAAUCAAGGUUUGUCAUGAGCUGCCUGUAUCUUUGAAAUACUGUCAGACCACGUGUCUACGGCCAUCAUGAACGACGGCAACAGGGGCAACAGCAUGCAACUUCCCCGCGACAACUUAGGCUACUUAUUCCCUUCGACGUCCAAAAGCGACGCAUACAAGAGCGUCUACGCCAGCGGAACAAGUGUAGUUUUGUCCCGCCAUUAGGCUAGAAGUACUUAUAAAUGGGGCACCAUGAUGAUUACUCUCCAUCUAACAACCAGUAGUAGUGGAGAGUCUGCUUUUGUCAGACGGCUUAUGGGAAGACGACCAUCACCGGCAAGUGCAAGGCAGGGAACGAGCCUGGCUGGAAACGCGAUUACAGGAACAACUGGGGAGUGCUCUGAGCUUCUCAACUUCAUGACCAAGAUCGUGAAAAGCAAUCCCGUACACUCUUUGGAUAAAAAUGCCACUAAAUAACUAUAUAUAUGUAAUCAGGACUUGUACACAGGUUGUACUUUUUCUUGCUUAUAUGAAUACAAUCGUGUUGAAAUUUUUGAUCAUCAUGAUAUCCAAUUAAACUUUGUAUUUUCACAAGCUCAACGACGUUGAUGGGAGGUUGUAUCUUCUACUGGUGUCCACUGCAGUAAUUAACGUCUGUCUACUGACCUGAACAGUUUAGGAUAAGCAUAAGCUCUUAUCCCAAUGAAAAUGCUGUGUCGUGCCUUAUCAAAGUGGCCGUAUUAUAAUGCCACAUUCGGGUAAUGGCUAUAUUUUUCGCCUACAUAGUCUCGCGGCGACGUGUCGGUCCUCCAGACAAGUGCGUGAAAAUACCUAAUCAAUUUUUUUAAUUUUUGUUUCCUUCGGAAUGCGAAACUUCAAAACUUUCAACCUCGUUGUGGCGGUAGUUCUUAGUCUGUAACAAAUUCAAAUUGUAAUUGUUUUUGAAGAAUGAAGAUCCAUACAUAGUUAGUUGCUGGUCUUCGUGAGAUCUUCGUAUGAAUUUAAAACCUACGACAUAAUUUCUUUGCUCUUCUCCUAUGAAGAACGCCAUAUAUAUUGAGUCCAUGGUGACGCUCGCUCGGGUUCGAAGCCAGAGCGUCGCAUAGAUAUCGGCUGAUUGCUUCUUUGUUGGUUUCACCCAUAUGACAGGGUUUCCUCUUGAACAGCCAGAACCAGUUUCAUGUGUGCCCUUUGUUUGUGAUCAGGUUGUUGUUCUUCAUUGCUUGUGUGUCUCUGUAUUCCUUUUUCUUUUUUUUAGACAUUGAUAGAUUGGUACACAGCACUAAGUCUCUUGCAGCACCAUCAUUGAUUCAAGUUGUUAUUAUCCUCUUAGUUCUUGCUGUACAUCCGUGCAAUCGGCGCAGUGGCAGUGCGGAGAACGCAUACGGAGGCUCGUACGUUGAUGUAAAAGAGAAGUACCUUCUAGUUUGUAAAAUUUGAAACCUUGCUUCUGCUGCUCCCGUAGGCUGCUGCCUGCUACCACGUGCGUCUAGAGAGUUCUUGUUCUGAACGUAUAACACUGGGUUUUAGACUGUGUGUAGUGCAGGUUGAAGAUGUUUUCUGCAAUGUGUGAAUAUUAAACCCGAAGCCCAAGGUACCUAAACCUUUGUUGUGCUUGCGUAGCAGGUCUGGUCAUGGUACUAUUGUUCGUAUUCAAUCUUCUGUUGUCUGAGGAAUCUUUCAUAGAUACUCAAAAACUCACGACUAUUUGUUGACAUUAUUUGUGAUGGAAUUUGUGGUCUGUCGUUACGCUUACAACACCCUAACACGACAGUGACAGGGACUCAUUUCAGCUUCACCUACAACAUGAUCAAUAAACUCCUCUAAGCCCUUAAUAUUGUCUGAAGUAGGUGGUGAAAUAUAUUAUGGUUUUAAACCUUACUCUCAUUCAAGAAUACAGUCAACAAACGAGCACUUUUUGCAUGCAAUAGCAUGCCUUGAUGGCUUUUCCUGAGCUGGGCGAGCGUGAUCGGGGUUGCCAUGUGUCGAAUCUGACCUGGGACUGAUGUGAGGUAAAAGCUCUCGCCAGGAAAAGAAUUUGAAUCCUUGGCGAUAAAACUGAAAUUUUUUGGAUAUACGAAGGAUUUUGAGA